AUGGCCACCAUUGUUCCAACGUUGUUCUCGUUUGUUCGCGACAUUUAUCAAGAAAGAUUCGAUGUGGCUGCUUUUGAAAAGGAGGUUUCCCGAAACUUUGACACUCAGGAAAUUUCUCAAGCUACUUCUCGUUACGAGCAAGAGGCCAAAAAUCUCCGAACCAAAGAGGAAGUUCGCAAGCUUAUCGGCUACAUUGACUUGACCACCUUGAAUGGAGAUGAUACCGCCUCGAAGGUCGUCGCGCUCACUAAAAGAGCCAUCAAUCCAGUUCCAACUGAUCCAUCGGUUCAUUGCGGAUCUGUUUGUGUUUAUCCACAACGUGUUGCCGAUAUUUCAAAAUAUUUGAAGGAGAGCAACCAGAAAUGCAAUAUUACUAGUGUCGCUGCCGGCUUCCCAUCGGGACAAUAUCAUUUGAAAUCGAAAAUUGUCGAAGUCGAGCUCACCGUUGCUGAUGGUGCUAACGAAAUUGAUAUUGUUAUCAGCAGAGCUGCAGCUCUUGAGGAGGAUUGGAAGACUGUCCAUGACGAGGUUCUUGCUUUGAAGAAGGCUUGUGGAUCAGCGCAUUUGAAGACGAUCUUGGCCACCGGAGAACUCAAAACUUUAAGCAAUGUUUAUAAGGCGAGCUGGGCGAGCAUCCUUGCCGGAUCUGACUUCAUCAAGACUUCGACCGGAAAGGAAGCCGUCAAUGCUACUUUGGAGGUCGCCUAUGUGAUGUGCACAGCUAUAAAGAGAUGGCACGAGUUGACCGAAAAAAAGGUUGGAUUCAAGCCAGCUGGAGGAAUCCGAACUGUCGAUGAGGCCCUUGGAUUCAUCGCUCUUGUCAAAGACAUCCUUGGAGAGGAAUGGCUCACUCCGGAAUUGUUCAGAAUCGGAGCUAGCAGCCUUCUUGAUGAUUGCCUAAAGGCUCUUUAA